AUUUGUCCUAUGCUUCAGUGUUACAUAGCCUGGGUAGGGCUCUUAGGAGGAGAAUGGAGCAAGGGCCGACGCUCCUCCCUCUCCAGCACUGCAAGAUCAUCCAUUUGGUGAGACAUGCCCAAGGAUACCAUAACGUUGCUGGAGAGAUCGACAUGGCCUCCUACAAUGACUACGCUCUGCUGGAUGCUAGCCUCACACCCAAUGGCUGGAACCAGGUUGCACGACUCAGGAAGCAUGUCGUUGAUACUGGUCUCGGCAGUGGCAUUGAAUUGGUAGUGGUAUCUCCUCUUACUCGAACUUUGCAAACUGCUGUGGGAGUUUUUGGAGGUGGUGAGUUCGUUGAUGGCGAGAUUGCACCACCGUUGAUGGUGAAUGGAGUGGGGAAGUCUCCUCAUCCAGCAGUGUCGAGUGCACGGUGUCCUCCGUUCCUUGCACUGGAACUUUGUCGAGAGCACACAGGAGUGCAUCCCUGCGACAAAAGGAAUCCCAUCAGCCGGUACAAACUCGAGUUUCCAGGAGUAGAUUUUUCCGAGAUCGAGACUGACGAAGACGAGUGGUGGAAUGCUGAUAUCAGAGAGCCUGACGAGGACCUCUGCCAGCGCGGUGUAGAAUUUUUAAAGUGGCUCCUCCGGCGUGACGAGAAAGAGAUCGCUGUUGUCUCUCACAGCGGCUUCUUGACACACAUGGUCACCUUGUUUGGCGACGACUGUGGAGAUACUGUCCAGCAAGAAAUCCGAUCUCGAUUCGCAAACUGCGCUCUAAGAACAGUGAUCCUGACAGACAAGAAUGGUUUCACGAAGAAGCCAUCGCAAAGUAUCAACUUUCCGGGAGGAGUUCCACCGGGGCCGAGCUCUGGCAGCCACCUCAAGGACAAAAUCGAGAGAAGCCUCUCCCAGAAGAAUUAAAGUUUCUUCAUAUAAAUCAUAAAGAAAAGCACUGCUGGUGCUGAUGCAA